AUGCAUGAUGAACUUGAAAAAUCUCGUCAUAAUCCACAUUAUGAAUUAACAUCUAUUCCAUCAACAUUUUCCAUUCCAGAACAACCGUCCAUUGAUACAAAUACAAUAUUACAAAAACAAUAUCAAGAUAUUAAAGAUAAAUUAGAACAACGUAUUAAUGAUUUACAUUUAAAAGAAAAUGAAUGUGUUACACUUAAAGCUAAAGUUGAUACAUAUGAAAGUAAAGAAAAAGAUUUACAACAUUAUAUUAGUAUACUUAAAGAAUCAAUUUUAAUCAAAGAUCAACAAGUUAAUAUGAUACAAUCAGAAAUAAAUGAUCUUCGUACAAGACUUAAAGAAAAAGAUUCAAUUAUUGAAAAGAAAAAUUCAAAAAUUCAAUCUACACGUCUUGAUCGUCAACAAUGUGAAUAUGAUUUACAAGAAACUAAACAACAAUUAGAUAUUCGUGAUAGAAAAAUAAAUGUAUUGAAUAGAAAAAUUGAAAAUCUUGAAGAACAAUUACGUGAUAAAUCAACACAAAUAGCAUUAAUACGUGCAAAAUUAACAGCUGUAACAACAACAGCUUCAACAAUUAAUGUUCAACAACAAACAUCAAUAACAACAAAUACACUUGUAUCAAAUCUUGAAACAACGAUUGCAGAAAAAGAACGUUUAAUUGAAAAAUUACGAGAACAAAAACAUACAUUAGAUAUGGAACAUCAAGAAGAAAUUGAACAAUUACAAAAAACUUUAAAUGAUACAAGAUUAAAACUUGAACAAAAAGAAAAAGAUUAUUAUGAAGGACAAAAUCAUAUAAUCGAAUUAAAUGAACAAAUUAAUAAUACUAAGUCUCUUUUACAACGUCGUGAAACACAUAUUCAAACUCUUGAACAACAAAUAAUAAAUUUAAAACAAACUAAAAUUGACUCAGGUGAUACAACUAAAUUAGAAUACGAAAAUCGUUCAUUACAAGAUCGUUUAUCAUCAUAUGAACUUGAACGUACAGAAAUGAAACGAGAAAUUGAAUGGAUGCAACAAGAACUUGAACAACAAAAAAAUUCACCAUUAGCAACAACUAAUGAUUCAACCGAACAAGAACAACAAUAUGAAUUUACAUUAAAUAAAAAACAACAACGUAUUGAAGAACUUGAACAAGCUGUAAGAGAAAGUUUACAAAUAACAACUGAGCGUGAAUAUGCAAUGACACAACAAAAACGAAAAGUUGAAAGUUUACAAAAACAGAUAAAAACUCUGCAACAUGAAAUUGAACAUUUACGUACUGAAAAUAAUGAACAAUCUCAGAUAAUUUCACAAUUACAAUUUGAAUUAAAUGAACGUAAACGUCAAUAUGAACAAAGACUUGAAGAACAAAUAAAACAUCUUGAUAAUGCUUUUAUUUCACAACAAGAAAAAAUCUUAGCUGAAUUAAGUGAAAAAGAUUCUCAAAUAGCUGAUUUAGAAAUGGAUCGUACAAGUAGUGGUAUAUCAAAUCGUUCAAAUACGAUUGAAAGAUUAAAUACAGAAAAACAACAAUUACAUAAUCAACUCAAAGAACUCACGGAAAUUCGAAUGAAAAUAAUUCAAAAUCAUAUGGCGUCUAAACAAGAAUAUGAUGAAAAAGAAAAAUUAGUAUCCUUUUCACCGUUAACAGAUGGCGAUGGUAUCUUUUGUUAA